UUUGCUUUGACGACCGGAAGUGGUUAUUUGGCGUUUCUCAGGCAAUUCACGCUACACUUCCUCCUCCCAGCACUGGAUACGGUUUGCUCCUUUUUUCAGCUUUUUUUGAAAGGUCAUUUGGCCGUUAUUUUAAACAUUUUUAUUCUCACCAGCGUUUCUUUCGGAUCUUCUCGUCUUAUAAAAGAGACGUCAAGACAACAACCCUUCUAAACAAACAGAACGGGCUCAGAGUGCCAUGGCAGGUACCCCGAAAGUCUUGGGCUUUUUUACGCUCGGGCUUUGGGCGAUUUUGAUCGGCUGCUCAUCUGCUAGGAUCCACACACUUAGGCUGACGAAUGAGAGACGGUCUUUGAUUCAUCUGAAUUCAUUUGGAUUUUAUACCAAUGGGUCUUUGGAGGUGAAACUUCAUAGUCUGUAUUUAGUAAAUGAAGAUAAAAUAGAUUUUAAGAAUACUAAGAUUGGGUUCAGCUUAUCAAAAUCAAGGGUUGACGGUCUCUUGUCAUACACGUCUGAAGAAUCAGAUUCCUGCCUACUGUCUAAAACAGAAAGCACAGAACCUCUCACCUUGUUUAUUUUACAACUGAAAGGCAAAAUUGUUCAAGUCAAGCACUUUGGAAACCAAAUGUACACAGUUACUGGGAAAACGUUACCCAACAAAGAUCAGAAAGGCAGCAAAACAAAACGUUCUGAUCUUGUCCAGAGUAUGACUGUCUCAGAAAACAAAGCUGGGGGACAAGUCAAGAGUGCCAAUGAAGAGGUUACAUCCAGUGGAAAGUCUGCAGAACCAAAAAAUUUUGUCUUGGAAAAUAUAAAUGGAUCCUACAGCUUUUUUUUCUUCCUGAACAUCACCUCAAAAUCAGAUGAGGGGCUUUACAAUCUAAAUUUUCACUUCUGUUCCACUUCAAAAUCUGCAGUUGAACCUAGCUUCAGCAUUGAUGUUGAAAUUAUUGAAAAGAAUCCAGGAGGAUACCUCUCAGCUGCAGAAAUGCCCCUACCAUUGCUUUAUAUUGUAAUGUCAGGUUUCUUCUUUACAGCGGCUAUGUUCUGGGUAUAUAUUCUGCUUAAGCACAGAUACAAUGUGUUUAAAAUUCAUUGGCUUAUGGCUGCUUUGGCAUUUACUAAAUCAAUUUCUCUGAUAUUCCACAGCAUAAACUAUUACUUUAUCAAUACUAAGGGGCAGCCUAUUGAAGGCUUGGCUGUAAUGUACUACAUUACUCAUCUGUUGAAAGGUGCUUUACUCUUCAUCACCCUAGCCCUCAUUGGAACUGGAUGGGCUUUUGUGAAAUAUAUUCUGUCAGAUAAAGAGAAGAAAAUUUUCAUGAUUGUCAUCCCACUGCAGGUGUUGGCCAAUGUUGCAUACAUUAUCAUAGAGUCAACGGAAGAAGGAACUAGCGAAUAUGCCCUUUGGAAGGAAAUUCUUUUCCUGGUUGAUCUCAUUUGCUGUGGAGCCAUCCUGUUCCCUGUGGUCUGGUCAAUAAGACAUUUGCAAGAAGCAUCAAGUACAGAUGGGAAAGCUGCAGUUAACUUGGCAAAGCUGAAGCUCUUCAGGCAUUACUAUGUAAUGAUAGUAUGUUAUAUUUACUUCACACGGAUCAUAGCAAUCCUGCUCAAAGUGACUGUCCCAUUUCAGUGGCAGUGGUUUUAUGAGCUAUUAGUAGAAGUUUCCACGCUUGUAUUCUUUGUCCUAACUGGAUACAAAUUCCGUCCUGCAUCCAACAAUCCAUACCUGCAACUGCCUCAAGAUGAAGAAGAUGUUGAGAUGGAUGAAGUCUUAACAGAGUCUGGCUUGAUGGAGGGACUAUCCAAAGUGAAGAAAACUUCAAAUGGAAGAGAGAAAUCCCGUGAUUCUACAGUAUGAAACAACGUUUUUGUGGCAGUCCUAACUAAAUCCGAGAAUGCAGAGCCAGUGAUGGCAGACUUCCACAGUCUAUGCACACAAAUGCGGGAUUAUUGCAGUCAUUUUCUUGUGUGGAUUGUUUUUGCUUCACUGCCCUUUUUUUUCUUUUUGUUUGUUUUUGGAAAAUGCUAAACCUAAUCUCACUUGUGCUGUGAGAACUUCUCUGCCUGGGUCACUGACUUAACAGCUACAGCACAUCAUGAGUGUGCUAUCAUAGGUACACUGCAACUAAUGGGUGAAAAGCACAUCUCCGUGAUUUAUAGCUUUGAUCCCAGAAGUGUCCACACGUUUGUACCAAUGAGAUUCUUUAAAAAGGUGGAAGAAAAGGACAAGUCCAUGUAUAUAAUGAGGUUGCUUUGCUAAUAUCCUGGAGUUCCAUGCAUUCCCGUCUUUAUUCCUGCCACUCCUAAAAGUGAGCUCCAAAGAAAGUGCAAUGGAGAGGAAUGGCUGAGGUGCAGUGAGCAGAGACGAAAACACACAGAGACUUUGGAAGAUCAGCCCUUUGCUUCAUGAGUGUCGGUUAAUAAUGAAAACCCAAGCACCAGGUUAUUUGGUGCUGCUAUUCUGCUUUUUUCUUCCAAGUGCCCAAACGUUCUGAGCAUUCAGUUAGAAAGCUGCAGUUCAGAAAGAGGGAAUUCCAUGAUGGCUUUUUAAAUCCAUGUGGAGAUUCCAUUUAUUUUAUGAUUUCCCUUUUUUCCCCAAAGAUGUCUACGGAUAUCUCUAUUUUUUUUUUUUUUUUUUAAACUGUUUAUUGUAAACGGACUGAUCUGUGCUUUAAUAAUGAUGCUAUGGUAUUGGGGAACAGAUUUUUGUAACCAGCAAACAUUGUAAAUAAAAUGACUUGAAAAUUAAAGCCUUUUGGUAGAGGGAAUUAAAAUUCCUUACCUUAAAUUAAAAAUCCUUGACAAUCUUUGAGUCAGCAUUGCUCAUGAACUCUGAUUAACAUUUGCAGGAAGCCAAUUUCCUACUGUUUACAACAAUUGGUACCUCGUUACUGCUCGCAUGUGCGCGUCUGACGGCGGCUGUCACUUUUCUGAUUAGAAAAAGAAAGUUUUACUUAGACUGUAAGAUUUUAAUUCCAGUAGUGUACUGAAAAAAUAUAUAAUUAUGAAUUCUUUAUUUUUUCCCCUCUCAUAUGAAACUAAAAUGAAUAGCAGACUUAGUAUAAAAAAAGCACUUGUAGAAGUGUGCUUAUUGAAAAAAGCUAAUAUUAGAUUGUUUUAUUUUCUUUUUCUUCUCUUUAAAGCUAUGCACACAUGUACAAAGUUUGUAUAAAUAUGAUGUACAGCUACAUAAAAAUAAGGUUGACUUUAUAUAUGGUACUAUAACCUACUUUGUCAUUUUACAGCUCUUUGGGAAACAUUUUUUUUUCAGUACUAAAUGUUGAAUAUUUCUGAUUUGCAUUUUAUAGCUUUUGAGAAUUUUGUCCACGCCACAUGUCAUAUUUACAGUUUGUUGAAAUGGUCAAAACGCAGCCCUUCUUUGGAAGCCUAGGCAGCACUCUUCUCAGAGAAAGGUAUCUGUUUAUGUCAUAUUACAAACCACUUCUGAAUGAUGAUGAUGAUGAUGUGCUUUCUUAUUACUUGUUCGAUUUAACUAUAUUUAUUUAGUUGGGGCAUUCUGAGGGAGCAGUGCAAUGAAAAACUGACUUCUGUGAGGCCAAAUGUUAUCAUUUCACAAGGCACUUCAUGUAUUUAUAUAUAAAAAAAAAUGGAUAAACGACCAAAAAGUAAUUUCACCAAUUCCUUAUAAAAUAUGGGUGUUAGCCAUGCAGUGACUUGUGAAUGCAAAGAUUAUAUCUGUAUAUUGUAAUAUUUUUUUGUUGUUGUCCAAGGGAGAGAGUCGCACCUCAAAUGUGACACUGCAUUUCAGAUUAUUACUAAUUUUUUUUUGUGAGUGGACAUCAUAUUCAGGCAUUUAGAAGUACAGUAUUUCAUUAAUAAUACAUUUUUAACCUUCUGAAGUGCACAGUAGUAUCCUGAGAAUUCUUGCCACUCUCUGUUCUCUUCCCAGCAAUGUCACAAAUCUUUUAUUCUUAAGCAAGUGUGUAGCCCUUUACAGUGACCGCUUUCCCCCAAAAGGAACAGGAAUCUCUCUGGUGGAUGAUAAUGUUAAAGAAAUACUUGAGGUUUUGGAUUUUAUAUAAGAAAUCAGCUGUUCUUUCUGUAAACUUGGUUACCUUACACUUCAAAUGUGAAAUGCCUGUUCUAAUUUAGUAUAUUUUUUAAGUCUAAUAAAUCCGGCUGUGCAAUGGCUUCUUUGAAUUGA